AUGAAAGACGGCACCGCCGUCGCCGUGAAAAGGAUCCAACAUGAAGAGGAGAGGGGAGAGAAGGAGUUCAGGUCGGAAAUCGCCGCCAUUGCCAGCGUUCAACAUGUAAAUCUCGUUCGUCUUUUUGGGUACUGCAUUCAUAAUAAUUUACGAUUUCUUGUUUAUGAGUUCAUCCCGAAUGGGUCUUUAGCCAAUUGGAUCUUUUCACGACCACGUUUAACGACGAGGGGAAACGAUAUCGGCGGAGGUUGCUUGUCGUGGGAUCUCCGAUCUGCGGUUGCACUCGACGUCGCGAAAGCUCUCGCCUACCUACACCAUGACUGCCGGUCAAGAGUCCUCCAUCUCGACGUGAAGCCGGAGAACAUCCUCCUCGACGAAAACCACCGUGCCAUUGUUUCCGACUUCGGAUUAUCUAAGCUAAUGACACGAGAUCAGAGCAGAGUUUUGACCACAUUACGAGGGACAAAAGGGUACUUGGCUCCGGAAUGGUUGUUAGAACUCGGAGUAACGGAGAAAUCAGACGUUUUCAGCUACGGAAUGGUGUUGUUAGAGCUCAUCGGCGGGAGAAGAAACGUGACGGUGAUAGACACCGGCGGCGCCGGUGACCGUUCAAAGAGAAAGUUUCAGUAUUUUCCGAAGAUAGUGACGGAUAAGUUGAAAUCAGGGAGGUUGAUGGAGGUGGUGGAUCAACGGCUGAUGGAUCUCGGAGGGCUUGAUGAGAAGGAAGUGAGGAAAAUGGUGUACGUGGCGCUGUGGUGCAUACAAGAGAAGGUGAGGCGGCGGCCGACGAUGUUGGAGGUGGUGAAGUGGCUGGAAGGGCGAGUGGCGGUGGAGGAGCCGCCGGAGACCCAGAUGAUAGUCGUUGACCUUUUAUCGAUAGAUGAUGAAGAUGAUGAAGGUGAAGGGCAAAAUGGUAAUAAAAGGAAAAAGCCAAAAAAGAUUAUUGCUAGAGCUGCUUCCCAAUUGAAUGGUUGCUUGACUACGAAAGACAUAUCAUUAAUUAGCAUGGCAUGUUCUUUUGAACUCGACAAUGGACACCUAAUUUACCUUUCUAGAAGCAACAAGAACACACAAACACGCAUUGCUUCCAUUGGUGACUCCGUUCGACUAUCUUCAGGUUUUUUUUUUCUUGGUGGCUGUAUUUCUUUUAUCUAUAAUAUGAGUUUCAGUGGCCCUUCUCUCGGUUCUGGUGGAAGAACUGCCAGAAGGGUAUUCGAAUUUGGAAGAACAUAUGUUGUGAAACCUAAAGGCAAACACCAAGCAACCAUUGUAUGGUUACAUGGCCUUGGUGAUAAUGGUUCAAGCUGGUCCCAGCUCUUGGAGACUCUUCCUCUUCCAAAUAUCAAGUGGAUAUGCCCUACUUCACCUUCUCAACCAUUAACCUUAUUUGGUGGCUUUCCCACAACUGCAUGGUUUGAUGUAAGUGACUUAUCUGAAGAUGCACAUCAAGAUGUAGAAUCAAUGGAUGCUUCUGCAGCACAUGUAUUGAGUCUGUUAUCUACUGAACCUUCAAAUAUCAAACUUGGUGUAGGAGGGUUUAGUAUGGGAGCAGCAACUGCUCUAUAUUCUGCAACUUGCUUCUCCCAUGGAAAAUUUGGAAAUGGAAACUCCUACUCAACUCAUUUGGAUGCAGUUGUUGGCCUUAGUGGUUGGCUUCCAUGUGCAAAGGAUCUGAGUAACAAGGUGGAAGGGGAGGAAGCUGCAAAUCGGGCUUCAUCCUUGCCUGUUUUACUCUGUCAUGGCAAAGCUGAUGAUGUGGUACGCUUUCGUUUUGGCGAGAAGUCGGCACAAAAAUUAACUUCAACCGGCUUCAAAAACCUCACUUUCAAAUCCUAUGACUCGCUUGGACACUAUACGAUUCCUGAAGAGAUGGAUGAGGUUUGUUCAUGGCUGACUUCAAAAUUGGAGCUGGAAGUUGGGAAGUUUGUAAUGAGUAGGAGAAUUAAUUAG